AUGGUUAGCAAUCUCACCCCUCCUGUGGGGCAACGGAAGGGCGUAUGGGAACCGCUUCCACUCAUUGUCUACGGAUACGCUGUGCACCCACUGUCGCCUAAUCGCCGAGAUACCAAGCUCUCGAGUCGUACUCGCGGAUCGACAUGGACCAGUACUACCGACGCGUCUGGGGACGACCACCUUGUGCACAGAGACGUAGUUUCUCUUGAAGUGGGAGACAAUGUGUAUGCUUUCGAGCAGUAUACACCGAGGGACAAAGAAGUGGAAGGGGUCUGGUAUCGAGGGUAUGUUGUAUGUACCUCGCGGAGACCUCAAGUAAACUGGGCGCAAUCUUCAGAACCAUCGAGCUCGAAACCCACCGCCAAGGCAGACGACGCACAGCAAGUAUUCAUCGGUAUCUUCCCUGCAUCACACAUUUUCGUCCGCGACCAGCUCUCGGACGCGGAAAAUCGACUGGAUGAUUUGGCAAGCUCGCUGGCGACGAACCUGAACAGCCACCAGUCCGAAGUCUACAGCCAAUGGAACAGGGACAAGGACGGGUUUUCGAUGCGGGAUGGGUUCUCAAUGCGGGACGGGCUCUCAAUGAAGGACGGGCUGUCGCGCAAGUCGUUCAAGCUGAUGCCUGGGCCGGACCAGGCGAGCUCAACGCGCGCGCGGCUUCCCGUGUACCCCGCGAGCCUGCGCUCGGCGUCGCCGACAGAGUCGCAGGUGAUGAAGCCAUUCCCGCCGCGCCCGCUGCUGAAGUCGGCGGACGACACGAUCUCGGGCGCGGACCAGCCGAUGGUGGACGAGAUUGCGUCUGCACUGCGGGAGUGGCAUGCGCUGAUGUUCCAAUACCUCGCGCGGCGCGACUACAAAUUGUUCCAGCUCGUGCGCGAGCACAUCGAGGCGCUCCACCUUGGCCGGCGGCAGCUGCUUGCGCAGACGCUCAGCUCAGAGGAGACGAUAAACCUCCGUCGGGACUGCGUCGUUCGGCUGGUAAGCGGGAACCUGGUCCAAGGCCUGGACGUCAUUGUGCGGCAUCCCACGGGCGGCGGCCUGGUUACGGUCGACGUGGAAGGCGAGAUCGACUCUCGCAGCUGGAUGAGUGCGGUGCGGAUGUACUCGAUGCAGGUCUCUCUCGCGUACAUGGAUGUCUCCCCUCCAACACACCCAUACAAGUCAGGCCGUCUCAGCAGAUCACUCGAUUACUCUGCCUCCGCUACCUCCCAGGUGCAUUCCGCAUUCCCUGAGUACCCACGCAAAAUCCAACCGCGGCUCACAGGCUCCUUCGGCUCGUUGAACGUCACGCAGCCAGUGAAGGCGAAGUUCUACCACGUUUUCCUCGAUCUGCGGGCGUUCGUCGCGUCCCCGUGUGCCCCGGGAGAGACCGCUGAGCUGAUCUUUUCCCUGUUCAACAAGAAUGAUGCUCGAUUCGUGUCGGAGGAUUUUUGCGCCGUCCUCAAUCACAACGGCGUGUUGGCUCGUGACCCUUCGGCGCGUAUCCGCACGAUGUUCACAGAUCUCGUGCAGUCUGAUGCCCAGGACUCGAUAUAUCUCGUCUGCAAGAUCGUGAGGAAUGGGUCGAUGAAGAUGGGAAGCAGUAUGGGCUCGAUCUCGGAGGGCGGGAGGCGUGUGUCGGAGGCGUCCAUUGGGCGUGCCAACGGGAGCGGAGAAUCCCUCCCGGCCAAUAAUCAUCGCAACAGCAUGUCGGCAGAUCUCCCGAUACACUUUAGGAGGCCGUUCGGGUGCGCAGUGCUCGAGCUGAGCCAGCUCAACGCGAUGGCAGCAGACCCGACCGAGGUAUCGUCGACCAAAGAGCACACAAUGCCCAUCUACAUCCCCAAGAACGAGGCGACCUUCUCGAUGCUGCAUCAGGAUAUCCUGAAUAACAACGUGAAAGAGUUUGAGAAGUCCCCAAGGCAAGUCAUGAUGGCAGUCUCAAUCAAGGUGUUCUACGGAGAUGCGCAGACCAUUGUGCGCGAGAAUACCUCUCUUCUUCAAGACAUACCGCUCAGUUUACGCUUGGGAUUCCCGGACGUCGUCUUCCCUGGGGAUGACCGUAACGAUCUAUACAUCAAGCUAUGGAGUGGAGAUUUCUCACCGUCUCCGCGGCGCAGCGUGAACUUCGGCCGAGGCCAGGUAGGCAACAUGGGCGGCAAUGUACAGGUCACGAUCGAGAUGAGGGACCAGGAUGGACGUCCAAUCGAGGGUAUCAUUUCUCAAUGCAGCGGGGAACCUCCUGUGACGCAAUUCCACUCGAUGGUCUUCCAACGCACCGGUCAGCCGACAUUUGGCGAGCUCAUCAAGAUUCAACUCCCACUCGAGGGGCCACAACGAUGGCAUCUGUUCUUCACUUUCCGACAUCGCAAUUCUAGAGAACGGUCCAUUGGACGGUCUCCCGAUGUACCUGAGCGCCCCUUUGCCUUUGCCUUUCUGCCGCUCUUCCCCGAUGGUCGAGCAUUCCUGGAAGAUUACGCACAUACGCUUGUUCUGUAUCGGGCAGAUCGCCUCAGUCAAAUCAGCGCAGACCUCUAUCUUGCUGCGACGCCCUGGCUACCUGCAAACUCAAAAGCGGAGCAAGUUUUCGUCCCGGUUGAACUCCAGAGGCUGGCUCCUCCUAUGCGAGACAGUCUCAUCAUUCGCUCCUUGCUAUGCUCCACCAAGUUCACGCAGAACUCCGUGCUUCUGAGCCUACUAAACUGGGAAACACUAGUCGACCAGAAGCUCCUGUCCACCGUACUCACCAAGUUCACCUUCGUGGGCGAGGUUGAGAUCGUCAAGUUUCUCCGCGAUAUCUUUGACUCGCUCUUCGCCAUCAUUGUGUCAAAUUACAACCAGUCGGGCGAAAUGGACCAUCUGGUGUUCAACGCCCUUGUGACAGUAUUGGGCAUUGUCCAAGACCGUCGUUUCAGUAACUUCCAGCCCGUAUUGGAUGUCUACAUUGAGAGGCAUUUCAGUUGUGCCUCAGCAUCGUCCCAUAUGAUUCAUUCUAUGAACCGGCUCUUGCAGGAUCCUACGGCUAGCGAGACCGCUUCACAAUUGCGGUCGGCUUUGAAAGUCUGGCAUUAUAUAUUCAAAUUCAUUGUCCGAUCGCGAGAGCUCCAGAAAGCUAAGGAGCUCGGGAUGGGGGGCGGAGCAACAGCAGACCAUCUGGAAUCGAACUUCAAGCGAGAACUGAAAGCGCAUCUAUCCGAGGUCAAUCGUAUGAUGUCAACUACCACCCCGCCGUCUAUCAUAGGCACGCAGACAAUUGCCCUGCAGCACUUCACCUCCAUUCUUCCCGAGUUGAGCAAGGUGUUCCCAAUUGUCGAGCUUGUCACCAUUGCCACGACAUUUGCCAAUGCAAUAGCCACAAACAAGGGGAAGACUGUCAUUUGGAAGCUUAUCAUGUACUUGCAAAUAGUCAAGGGCUUCCUUUUCGACAAUCCCAAGUCACGCGCUUUGCUCGUUGAGAACGUGGUGUUCUGGGUGAAGCCGCACUUCGGUCGUUAUGAUGAAUAUCUCCACACACAGUCAAGCGACUCGGACAAUGCGCGAGAGUCUGCGCGUAUUCUCUGGCUAGAGAGCAUCCGACUAUCAAUCACCAUCGUAGCGAUAAUACUCGACAAAUGUCUUUCAAGCCUCGUGGAUCCCUCCACGGUAGCUGACCACAACAGGCUGAGGGAGGAGCAGGAUAACAUCGAGUAUCUGUUGUCCGUGAUACCGAGGUUGUUGGAGUCGUAUCUGGAAUAUCAGAAUCCAGCGUCACAAAGGGCGAUCGAGCGCACCCGUCCCUUGUCUCCCAUUUCGUCCACGUACCCGGUCCCAUUCCCAGAAUCUUAUCCGUUCUCACUUACGGCUAGUCUGCCUAGAUCAGCUGCGACUCCCUCCGCCUCCUUCGAAUCGAAGAGAGACUUCAACCCUGGACUGGGGGAGGCCGCCAUUGUACUUCUUGUGCUUGUCUCGUCAGCCCAGAAGAAGCAUUUGCUCAGCUUUUUCGAGUCGAUAUCGGAGAUCGAAGGCCGUGACAACUUCGCUGCCUUCUUGUUGCAGUGCUUCAAGGUCAUUUCGUCUAUCCUGGAGAACGACGCCUUUCCCAGCAACUGGCUCAAUGUGAACAUUCUAGCUCACAAGGUCUUGAUCAAGCUCAUGGACCCUAUUGCAACGCAACUACAACGAGAAUACAUCUCACGCGAGGGGUCGCAGCAAAAAUUAUAUCCGAAUCUUUGGCGAGAGGCGUUCAGUGUCCUGCUGAAGCUAUUGUCCUCAGAGCAGUUGGUUAUCGAGGAGCUGAGCCCUCAGAAACGACGGGCUGUUUGGCGCCUCGGUGGAGAUAUUAGAGGAGAUGGCGCGAUUCUCCUAUUGCGCUUAUGGGAAGCAUUGAACUGGACAGAGGAAGAGGGAGUGAGUGAGGGUUCCGGGAGAAGCUACGGACAUUAUCAAGCUGCUCUCACACCCCUCGUGGGGCAUGUGGUCAAUCUCUGCCUCAGUCAUCACGAUUCGCUGCGCAACAACGCCGUGCAUAUUCUCUACUGCAUGAUCAUAUCUGAGUAUCACACUUCAGGGCAUUUCGAUCGGAUAGAGAAUGAGCUCGUCAGCAAGCUCGAUACCCUUUUCAUGUCCGACAGCAAGGGCGACGAUAUAUCUCGUGCAUUCUUCAUCGGCUAUCUCAAACAUCUCUUCGACGAAUCAACCGAAGUUGAUGACCAACUACGGGUCAGGGUGUCUGACUUCCUCAGGGAGGUAGACAUGUUCCUUGAGUUGCUUCUCAGUGUUCGCGCGUUGCCUGAAGGCGAAGAGUACGCGGAUGAUCGUGUUAUUGCCACGCUCCGCCUCAUGAAUUUCAUCCGGAGAAGUGGCCGCGACGAGAUCUACAUCAAGUAUGUCCACCAGCUAGUGAAUAUGCAUCUACAGGCCCAGAAUUACGUUGAAGCCGCCCUCACGCUCAAGCUCCACGCUGAUCUUCACGAUUGGGACUUGAACACGUUCGCUCCCCCAAUGGAAGAGCUGGGGUUGCCACAACAAUCGCACUUCCACCGCAAGGAAACACUCUGUCUUCUCAUUCUGGAUUACCUGGGUAAGGGUAAAGCAUGGGAAAACGCAAUUGAUAUAUGUAGAGAACUGGCAAUUCAGCAUGCCGAGGUGACCUUCAAUUACACUCGGCUAGCUGAGAUUCUCCGUCACGAAGCGGCACUUUUGGAACAUAUUGUGAGCGAGCAGCGAUACUACUCUGAUUACUUCAGAGUGGUGUUCUAUGGCAACUUCCCUCAAGCUAUUCGCAACAAGCAGUUUAUCUACCGUGGCUAUGAGUGGGAGAAGUUUGGAGCAUUCUGCGAGCGAAUGUUGAACAAGCACCCCGGUGUUCAGCUGCUGAAGAGCACAGGGGACCCUCCUGUCGAUAUCCGCUUUGGCAACGAGCAGUACAUUCAAUGCACUGCUGUCAUUCCCGAGCCCGAUCGGGAGCUACCGAUAUUCACAAACCCAGACGUUGCUCCACCUAUCCGUUCCUAUUAUGAGCACAGUGCCAUCAACGUAUUCAGCUUCUCUCGACCAGUGAUAAAGGUGGCAAGCGACGGUGCUGAGGAGAAGUGGAUCGAGAAGACAUACCUCACGACCGAAGAGGCCUUCCCCACUGUUCUGCGUCGGUCUGAGAUCGUCGGAGUCGAGCCGGUCGAGAUCUCACCGGUACAAUCGGCCUUACACGAGGUUGAACAGCGUACACGAGAGCUAGCUAAAUUGAACAUGAGGUUCUCAGCGUUAUCGAAGACUGGACAGGCGGUCUCUACCACUGCGCUUGCGAUGGCUCUCAAUGCGGCGGUGGACGCACCCAUCAGUGGCGGCAUUGGUGCAUACCGGGAAGAGUAUCUGAGCGGCGACUAUGUCCAGAGAUAUCCUGAGCGUGCAGAGGAGGUAGAAAAACUGCGGAAUGCGAUAGAUGAACAGGUCCGCGUAAUCUAUGAUUGUCUGCAACUGCAUGGAGAGCUGUGCCCUUCGGAGAUGAUGACGUUCCACGGGACGCUUGAAAAGUUCUUCCGCAAGAAUUUCCAGGAAGAGAUUCAUCGGCUUGCCGUUGAUGUGGCGUCGCUGUCGCGGGAUCUUGAUUAUGCGCCAUCCUUACGUUCACGGCCUUUACCUCAGCCAGAGCGCCAAAUGAGACCGUCACUAGGAGUGGUUCCGGUGCAAGGAGGGUUCUUGACGGGAUCACCUGUCCUCUCGCCAGCGUCCUCCCGCUCUCAACAGGAGAAUAUUCAGUUUAGCGGCGAGAUGCCACAAGCCAAGCAGACACCCCUGCAGCAACGACUGGCGCAUCUCGUACGGCACGGAUUCAACGGCGUCGCAUCGGGGCCUGGAGACAUCGUCGGAGCCGAUGAUAUAUCCGAGGAGUCUCCCCGAGACUCGUUCAUAAACACAGGCGCUGCAAUGGCCACACUGUCGGGUGCAGCGUCGUUCACGACUUCGACGAUGGGUAGCAUAGGCUCUAUUCGGGGGCGAUUGUCAAAGUUUUCCAGCCUUAAUUUCGCGCGAAGGGACGGGCUAUGAAACUGUAUCGUUUAUAUAUUCUCUCAUCUAUCGCUUGUAGGAAUGAAUCAUGCUUUCCAUCUU